AUGGUAAAAUCUUUCAGUAGGAAGGGAGCUUUUUAUUUAUUUAUUUAUUUAUAUAUUCGGGUGCCAUGGCGAAGACCGUGUUUGUCACGUAGGCACAGUUGUGUACUAUAGUUGUGCAUUUGCCGUGUCCGUAUAAAAUGCUGUAAUAAAACACGUAAACUACCCUUAAAAAGACGGAUGCAGAAAUGUGUGUGGUGUCUUGUCCUUCCGUAAAUACUUAUUAGUGAGGCGUCGUGGAACGCAGGAGCCGGGGAGAUGUUGUGCCUCGGGGUGCCCAUGGUGGGAACGCUGUUCCUGCCCAUGCUGCUGACGGUGGCGGCAGUAUUUGUGCUGUGGGCGUGGUCGUUCCGCAAGCAGACCGUGGCGGUGGGUCCCCCCUCGUCCCUGGAGCCUGCUGACCUGCCCCUCCAGCCGGCCGAGGCUGUCCGAGUGAGCGCCGCGACAAAGAAGAAGAAGACGUGCGGGAAGAGUGGCAAGUGCUGCAGCAGUAAGGCGGGAAAGCAGAAGUGCCGCACGCUAGACGGCACCAUUGAAGUCGUGAAGGUUUUCUUUGCCACACACACUGGGAAGUCAAAGCUGUUUAGUGUAAAGCUGGCCAAAAGUGCAGAGGCACGCUCGCUGCCGACUGAGUUGAUAGACUUGGCGACGUACGAACCCGAAGACAAGCUUCCCGAGGAGGCAUCCGGCAGAUCGCUGUGUGUGUUUAUCCUGCCGACGUAUGCGGAGGGCAAGCCCCCGGAGUCUGCCGAGUGGUUCCACAAGUGGAUCUCGGAGGCCGCGACCGACUUCCGAGUUGAGCGAGAGCUGCUGAAAGGCAUGAAGUACGCCGUUUUCGGGCUGGGGAAUUCUCAGUAUGCCGAACAUUUCAACCAGGUGGCGCGGCAGGUGGACCGCUGGCUGCACAAGCUGCGGGCGACGCGCGUCGCCAAGCUCGGCCUGGGGGACGAGGACACGGCGACCAGCCGGCACGGCAGCGUGGAGGCGGACUUCGACGGCUGGAGCGACGACCUCAUGGGCUGCGUGGACAAGUGGCGAGGCUCCUCCCCGAGUGCCGAGGCGGCGUCGUGCUCGUCGCAGAGCGACUCGGACAGCAGCGAGGCGGAGCCGGCCAGCCCCGUGCUGGACCUGGAGGAGCUCGGCAGCUACGGGGCGGGGCUGCGUUCGGCUCGGCGCCGGCUCCAGGGGGAGGAGGAGGAGGAGGAGGAGGAGGAGGAGGGCGAGGGGCCAGGUGCCCCCCGCCCCAUGGUCACCCCGCAGGUGCGGGAGUCGCUCACCAAGCAGGGCUACAAGCUCAUCGGCUCGCACUCUGCCGUCAAGCUGUGCCGCUGGACCAAGUCAAUGCUGCGUGGCCGGGGCGGCUGUUACAAGCACACCUUCUACGGCAUCGAGAGCCACCGCUGCAUGGAGGCCACGCCCAGCCUGGCGUGCGCCAACAAGUGCGUGUUCUGCUGGCGCCACCACUCCAACCCCGUGGGCACCGAGUGGCGCUGGCAGAUGGACCAGCCCGAAGACAUCCUGCAGGAGGCCCUCGACAGUCACUACCGGAUGAUCAACCAGUUCAAAGGUGUCCCCGGGGUGCAGCCGGAGCGUCUGGCAGAGGGCCUGCGUGCUCGCCACUGCGCACUGUCCCUGGUGGGCGAGCCCAUCAUGUACCCCGAGAUCAACCGCUUCGUGAAGCUGUUGCAUUCCAGAGGAAUAUCGUCCUUCCUUGUCACCAACGCCCAGUUCCCGGAGGCCAUGCGGGAGAUGAGCCCUGUGACGCAGCUGUACGUGAGCGUGGACGCCAGCUCCAAGGACAGCCUGAAGAAGAUCGACAGGCCCUUGUUCAAGGACUUCUGGGAGAGGUUCGUGGACAGUCUCAGGGCGCUUGCCGAGAAGGGACAGAGGACGGUGUACCGCCUCACGCUCGUCAAGGCGUGGAACGUGGAUGAGCUGGAAGGCUAUGCCGAACUGGUGCGGGUCGGGAGGCCAGACUUCAUCGAGGUGAAGGGAGUCACCUUCUGCGGGACUUCCAAAGCCAGCAACUUGACUAUGGAGAACGUUCCUUGGCACAAAGAGGUAGUGAGUUUUGUCCAGAAGCUGGCAGACUUCCUCGAUGACUACGAGAUUGCCUCGGAACACGAGCACUCGAACUGUGUCCUCCUUGCUCACAAGAAGUUCAAGAUAGAAGGGCAGUGGCACACAUGGAUUGACUACGAUAAGUUCCUUGGACUUGUUAACAAGUUCUACUCUAGCGACAGGGAGUCGAACUUCACUGCACUUGAUUAUAUGGCUAAAACUCCCAACUGGGCAGUGUUCGGAUCCAGUUGUCGAGGUUUUGACCCAGUGGAGACGCGUUGGCAUCGAAAAACGUCCAGCAAAGAUGUAUCUGGCUGCUAGUGUAGGAAGAUUUGAAACAGAUGUGUUUUUACUUGAUCCAAACUGCAAUUGGGCAUCCUCUUCGCCAUCUCUUGUAUCCUGUUUCCGAUGGGUGGUGGCUUGUUCAGGAUUCGCUCCAGGUCCCGGGGGUUGGCCUCGGCCAGGGCCUGGAAGCUGGUCUUCCCGGCAGCCACGAGCAGCGCGGACAGGUUGGGGCCAAUGCGGUCGAACUGGCGCGACACGUAGGGGGAGUUUUCCCACAGCCGCCGGCGGAAGCACUUGGAUAGCAGCAGGGUGCUGAGGAGGCUCGAGAAGUGUUGGCGAACCUGUUUCAGCUGUAACAAGCACUUCACCAGACGCUCGCCAAUGCGCACUAUCUUCAUCAUGUCCUGGCUCAGGGAGAUGUCUGGGACCGGGAGGCACCCGAACACCGCCUGCGCGAGGCAGUUCACCUUCAUUUCGCGGGUCUUGAUAUUUCCUUGCAGCGGGAACCUGAUGCCCUCUUUCUUCUU